GGCGGCGGGCUGAGGGGCCCCCGAGCUGGGCCGCUCCUUGGACGCGCUCGGCGCACCGGCAGGCGGGCUGGGCGCUCCCCCAUGGGCUGACAGCAUGCCGGUCCGGCGCGGGCACGUGGCCCCCCAGAACACCUUCCUGGACACCAUCAUCCGCAAGUUCGAGGGACAGAGCCGCAAGUUCGUCAUCGCCAACGCCCGGGUGGAGAACUGUGCCAUCAUCUACUGCAACGAUGGCUUCUGCGACCUCUGUGGCUACACUCGCGCCGAGGUCAUGCAGAAGCCCUGCACCUGCGACUUCCUGCACGGGCCGUGCACGCAGAAGAGCUCCGUGGCCCAGAUCGCGCAGGCCCUGCUGGGCUCGGAGGAGCGCAAGGUGGAGAUCAGUUUCUACCGGAAAGAUGGCAGCUGCUUCCUCUGCCUCGUGGACGUUGUGCCGGUGAAGAAUGAAGAUGGGGCCGUUAUCAUGUUCAUCCUCAACUUUGAAGUGGUGAUGGAUCGGGACCUGCUAACCAGCCCCGUCAAGAACACCAACCACUGGGUCUCGCCUGCUGCCUGGCUCCCCACAGGUCGUGGCAGGUCCUUCAGGCUGAAGCUGCCAGCGUUGCUGGCUCUGGCAGGGAGCAAGCAGUCCCUGCCACAGGAUGACCCGGACGAGGCGGUGGUGGUGGACUUCUCCAAGCAGAGCAGCGAGUCCGUGGCGCUGGACGAGGUCACCUCCUCCCUGGACAACUGCCCCGGCUGCGGCGAGGCUGAGGACCGUCAGGCCUUGAUGGAGGGCCAGGGGGACGGCGGGGGCUCAGAGGUGCCCAUCACCCACUCCUCGCCCCGGACUGACAAAGCCCGCUUCAACCUGGACGCCUCCUUCUCCAACUGCAGCCUGGCCCGCAGCCGCUCCCGCGAGAGCUUCUACAGCGUGCGCCGGGCCUCCUCCGUGGACGACAUCGAGGCCAUGAAGGGCGAGAGCGACAAGGGCCGGGGCCACAGCCGCCAUGCCAGUACAGGCGCCAUGAACAACGUCAGGAGCCACCUGCUGAACUCCACGUCCGACUCGGAUCUCAUGCGCUACCGGGCCAUCAGCAAGAUCCCCCAGAUCACGCUCAACUUUGUGGACUUCAAGGCGGAGGCCUUCCUCACAUCCCCCUCCAGCGAGAAGGAGAUCAUCGCCUCCAGCAAGCUCAAGGACCGCACCCACAACGUCACCGAGAAGGUGACUCAGGUCCUGUCCCUGGGUGCCGACGUCCUUCCGGAAUACAAGCUGCAGGCGCCGCGGAUCCACAAGUGGACGAUCCUGCAUUACAGCCCCUUCAAGGCGGUCUGGGAUUGGCUGAUCCUGCUGCUCGUCAUCUACACGGCCAUCUUCACGCCCUACUCAGCGGCCUUCCUGCUCAACGACCGGGAGGUGCAGGCCGACCGCUCCUGCGGCUACUGCAGCCCCCUCAGCGUGGUGGACCUCAUCGUGGACAUCAUGUUCAUCAUCGACAUCCUCAUCAACUUCCGCACCACCUACGUCAACACCAACGAGGAGGUGGUCAGCCACCCGGGCAAGAUCGCCAUCCACUACUUCAAGGGCUGGUUCCUCAUCGACAUGGUGGCCGCCAUCCCCUUCGACCUGCUGAUUUUCGGCUCUGGCUCUGAGGAGACCACCACCCUGAUUGGGCUGCUGAAGACGGCCCGGCUGCUGCGGCUGGUGCGCGUGGCCCGCAAGCUGGACCGCUACUCGGAGUACGGGGCGGCCGUGCUCUUCCUGCUGAUGUGCACCUUUGCGCUGAUCGCGCACUGGCUGGCCUGCAUCUGGUACGCCAUCGGCAACAUGGAGGGCGAGGCCAUCGGCUGGCUGCACUCGCUGGGCAGCCAGAUCGGCAAGCCCUUCAACGAAAGCACCCCCCACCUGGGCCCCUCCAUCAAGGACAAGUACAUCACGGCCCUCUACUUCACCUUCAGCAGCCUCACCAGCGUCGGCUUCGGGAACGUCUCCCCCAACACCAACCCGGAGAAGAUCUUCUCCAUCUGCGUCAUGCUCAUCGGCUCGCUGAUGUACGCCAGCAUCUUUGGGAACGUCUCGGCCAUCAUCCAGCGGCUCUACUCCGGGACGGCCCGCUACCACACCCAGAUGCUGCGGGUGCGAGAAUUCAUCCGCUUCCACCAGAUCCCCAACCCGCUGCGACAGCGCCUGGAGGAGUAUUUCCAGCACGCCUGGUCCUACACCAACGGCAUCGACAUGAACGCGGUGCUGAAGGGGUUCCCCGAGUGCCUGCAAGCGGACAUCUGCCUGCACCUGAACCGCACGCUGCUGCAGAACUGCCGGCCCUUCAAGGGCGCCACCAAGGGCUGCCUGCGGGCCCUGGCCAUGAAGUUCAAGACCACCCACGCCCCCCCGGGGGACACGCUGGUCCACGCGGGCGACGUCCUCACCGCCCUCUACUUCAUCUCCCGCGGCUCCAUCGAGAUUCUGCGCGGUGACGUGGUGGUGGCCAUCCUGGGAAAGAACGACAUCUUUGGGGAGCCGCUCAACCUGUACGCGCGGCCUGGCAAGUCAAAUGCCGAUGUGCGCGCCCUGACGUACUGCGACCUGCACAAGAUCCACCGCGAAGACCUGCUGGAGGUGCUGGACAUGUACCCGGAGUUCUCCGACCAUUUCUGGUCCAGCCUGGAGAUCACCUUCAACUUGCGCGACACAAACAUGAUUCCGGGAUCGCCGAGCAGCGAUGAGAUGAACGGCAGCUUCAACCGCUUACGCCGGCGCAAACUCUCCUUCCGCCGGCGCACCGAGAAAGACGAGGAGAAUCCAGGGGACCUGAAAGCCCAGCAGAAGGUGCUGAAUGUGGGCCAAAACUGCCAAGCGCCAGGGGCCCCGGCACGUGGCCUGCCCAAGUGGGACCCGUGCCUCAGCAGCUCCGUGGCAUCCAGCCCCCCCUCCAGCGACGAGGAGGAGCCCCCCCUCCCUGUCUCCAAUGCCACGGAACUGUCGCCUUUCCGCCCCACGGUGGGCCCCCCUGGUGAGCCCCCCUCCCCUGCGCCGACAGAGCACAGAGCCAGUAACACCUGCAACCCACUCUCAGGGGCCUUUUCGGGCGUGUCCAACAUCUUCAGCUUCUGGGGGGAGAGCCGCGAGCGGCAGUACCAGCAGCUGCCCCACUGCACCAUCCCUGCCCACACCACCCUCAACAUCCCCCUGGGCGGCAGCGGCGGCGCCUCCCCCCUGACCCGUCAGCAUCGCACAGAGCUGGAGGGGCGCCUGGACCUGCUCCAGAAGCAGCUCAACAGGCUGGAGAGCCGCCUGACCGCGGACGUCUCUGCCAUCUUGCAGCUCCUGCAGAGGCAAGCUAUGCUGGUGCCGCCUGCCUACAGCGCAGUCUCAUCUCCGCAGCAACCACCCCCCCCGGGCCCUGAGCCAGCGCCAGGGGAACGGCCUCCGCCCAUCACCCCCCUCCAGGCCCAAGCUCAGGUUCCCGAUUUCCUGGUCCCAUGCUUGGACUCUACCCGCCCUCCCAGUGACCAGGUGGUGCUGCUGGUGGAGCCGUCGCUGCCCGCCCCUCGGCGCCUUUCCCUCCCCGGGCAGCUGGCCCCGGACUCCCCGGACUUGCCCACAGACUUGCCCAGACACGGCUCGGACCCUGGCAGUUAAUGGACUGUUGACGGAGGGUCUUUCUGAGGCCAAGGGUCUUUCUGAGAGUUGGGCACUGCCCCCCUGACGUGGUUGCGGGGGGCGUCGUGAGCCCCAUGGAUGCUCCGAGGAAGAAGAGGGCUGCCCUGGGUUGCGGCCGGAGCAGGGACCAGCCCACUCCCACCCACUGCGCUGUUAGCUGGCCUAACCGGGGUGGGGCAGUCGCCCUGUGGACCACCGGCCGAUUGGCUGGCAGGGACUGUUCACAGACGGACGGGCUGCUUGCAGGUGUAGUGGUAAUAAUGAAUAAUAAUGAAUAAUAUUAUUACUGAUCAGGGUUAGAAGAAUCCCCCUUAUAACCCCAAACAUAUCACCCAAGGCCAG